UAUGCCUACAAGCUUGUCAAAUUGCUCACAACUUCAACUAUUGGAUUUAUCAGAAAAUGAGUUUGAUGGACCAAUACAUAGUGAAAUAGGAAGACUGAGUAACUUGCAGACAUUGUAUCUCGGAACUAACCAUUUCACUGGGAUAAUUCCACAAGAAAUUGGAAAUCUUGUUAAUUUGGCAGAGUUAGCCAUGGAGAAAAACCAGAUUACCGGCUCUGUCCCGAUCUCCAUAUUCAAUAUCUCAUCGCUGCAAAUUUUGUCAGCGUGGCAGAACAAUCUUAGUGGAUUCUUACCACGGGAGAUUGGCAACUUAACCGACAUGCAACAUCUACAGAUUAGUGGAAAUAAGCUUAUAGGUGAAAUACCCAAAGAGAUAAGCAAUCUCGUUGAGUUGGAGGAACUUGAUCUUGGGUUUAAUAGUCUAUCAGGAAGCCUCUCACCAAACAUGUGUUCUAUCUUAUCCAACAUUGAAGAGCUUUAUCUGGGAAACUUAACCAAUCUUGUUGGGACUAUUCCUCAUUCCAUCUCCAAUUGUUCAAAACUUACUAAACUAGACCUUUCAGGCAACAAACUCACUGGAUUGAUUCCUUGUUCUCUUGGAUAUUUGACUCAUUUAUGGUUCCUAAACUUGGAGAGAAACUAUUUAAGCUGUGAUUCUUCGUUAAGCUUCCUAUCUUCCUUAACCAAUUGCUAAAAUUUAAAAACUCUUUAUCUAUCUUCAAACCCUCUAAACAGCAUUCUUCCAGUUUCUGUAGGGAACUUUUCCACAUCUCUUAUAAAAUUUUACGCCAACAAUUGCAAGAUCAAAGGGAUAAUUCCAAAUGAUUUUGGGAACUUAAGCAGCUUAUUAGACCUUGAUCUUUCUGAAAACAGCUUGGUUUUAUCGAUUCCCAAAACAAUUGGCAACUUGAGAAACCUUCAGCGCUUCAACUUGCGUAUCAACAAACUUACAGGAUUUAUUGGUGAUCAUAUAUGUAAAUUGCAGCAUUUGGGUGAUAUUUACUUGGGUCAAAAUCAACUUUCAGGAUCGCUUCCUAAUUGUUUAGGGAAUAUUACUUCCCUUAGGGAGAUAAAUCUGGGUUCCAAUAAACUGAGUUCCAAUAUACCACGAAGCUUAGGGAACCUUCAAGAUCUAGUGGUUCUUGACUUAUCGUCAAAUAACAUGGUAGGUUCUUUACCUCUAGAAAUUGGAAAUCUAAAGGCGGUAACCAAGAUGGAUCUAUCGAUGAAUCAAUUCUCAAAUGAAAUUCCUAGAGAAAUUGGAGGCUUGCAAAAUCUGGUGCACCUUUCUUUGAGACACAACAAGUUGCAAGGAUCUAUACCUGACUCAAUUAGCAACAUGGUAGGUUUGGAAUUCCUAGACCUUUCUCAUAAUAAUAUAUCUGGAAACAUUCCUAAGUCUUUGGAGAAGCUUCAAAACUUGAAGUAUUUCAAUAUUUCUUUCAACAAAUUGUAUGGUGAAAUACCCUCGGGAGGCCCUUUCAAGAACCUCUCGAGUCAGUUUUUCAUCCACAAUGAAGCAUUGUGUGGUUCUUCAAGAUUUAGUGUCCCGCCAUGCCUCACUUCAUCAAAGAACAGAUCAAAUAGGAAAAGAUUGCUAGUUCUUUUUCUUUUGCUAGGACUUGCAAGUUUGUUUGUUCCUAUCAUAUUAGUGUUUUUAUGGAUAAGGUAUAGAAGAGGUAAAAGAGCUCCUCAACAAGCUGAUUCAUUAUCUACCAUAACACAAGAAAGAAUUUCAUACUAUGAAUUGCUCCAAGCAACUGAUGCACUUAGCGAGAGUAAUUUUAUUGGUUCUGGGAGUUUUGGCUCUGUAUACAAAGGUGUUCUCAGAAGUGGAACUGCCAUUGCAGUUAAAGUGUUCAAUCUGCAACUGGAUGCGGCAUUCAAGGGUUUUGAUACGGAAUGUGAAGUUUUGCGUAGCCUUCGCCAUAGGAAUCUCGUAAAAGUCAUUACUAGUUGUUCCAAUCUUGAUUUCAAGGCUUUAGUUCUCGAUUAUAUGCCUAAUGGGAGUCUUGAGAAGUAUUUGUAUUCUCACAGCUACUUCCUCGACAUCAAGCAGAGACUAAGCAUAAUGAUGGAUGUGGCAUGUGCUUUGGAAUAUCUUCACCAUGGGUGCUCAUCGCCUGUGAUUCACUGUGACGUAAAGCCUAGUAACGUCUUGCUGGAUGAGGAUAUGGUUGCACAUCUAAGCGACUUUGGCAUUUCAAAACUUCUUGGUGAAGAUGAGAGUGAUUUAUACACAAAAACAUUAGCAACAUUGGGUUAUAUUGCACCAGAGUAUGGACAAGAUGGAUUAGUGUCUACUAAAUGUGACGUGUAUAGUUAUGGAAUCAUGUUGCUGGAAACAUUUACUAGGAGAAAGCCUAGUGAGUUUGAGGGAGAUCUUAGCUUGAAGCACUGGGUGAGUUAUUCACUUCCUGAUUCAGUAAUGGAUGUUGCGGAUUCCAACUUGGUUUCACCGAUGGAUAAUCACUUGAAGAAGAAGUUAGAUUGUGUAACAUCAAUCAUGAAAGUGGCACUAGAUUGCUGUGCUGAAUCUCCAGCAAGACGGACAAACAUGAAAGAUGUUGUAGGGAUGCUACAAAAGAUCAGAAUUCAACUUCUCGCAUGUUGAACAGGCUCUUGGCAAUUCUUGAUACGAAUAACUUCUUUUGCUGAAAAUGUUUGCUAAAUAAUUGUAUUGAUGAGAAGAAUGUAUUUUUUUGUGUUUUUUGCUAUAAAAGGAAUUUUAUGAAUUACUCCUGCA